GAAUUUCCUGCCCUCUUGUAUAGGUGGGGAAACUGAGGCCAUGGCGCUGACACUAGCCAGAUCUGGAGAAAAUAAAAAGAGGGAUCGAGAAAGGCCCCGGGGAGGCUUCCAUGAGGGACGCUCCAGCGGGAGCGCCCGCUUGAGGAGCCAGAGAGACAGGUCUCCGAAGGGCCUCCGCACCUGGCCCCCGACCUCGGCGCGCCCUCUUGGGGGCGCUCGCGGCGCCGCUACUCCUCCGCGCAGCGAGAGGGUUAAGCCUCCCUCGGUCCUUGCCGCAUGCACCGUCUCCAUGGAAACCGCGGAGGAGGUCACGGUAGCUGGGCCCCCGCGCGUCACCCCGCGCCUCGCCGGCUGCAGGCGCCCGGAUUGCGGCCUCCCAGGCGCCGCGGCCCGCGUGGACUCCACUCCGAGUUCCCCGCCCCCGCUUCACUCCGCGGGCUGCUCAAGCCCUAUGACUGCCGGUCCCAACCGGGAACGGCGCACCUGGGCACCAAGUGCGCUGGCUACACCUCUGUCCCCAGGCUCUGGCACGCGGGAAUGCGCCAAGAAACACGUGCCCAGCUCCAAGACGGGAACAUGCGCGGCAAGACGCCACCGAGGGGCUCACUGCAUUUGUGAAUGCGCUGGGGGAUCAGCCUAUAUAGGCGCACAAUUCCAGAGCUCUUGCCAAAAUGAGAGCACCCGUGGUUAAGACCUCUGGAAUCAGGUGACUCGCCUGGGUAACUAACCAGCUAUGUGACUUCGGGCAAGUCACAACCUCUGCGUCUCAGCUUGCUCAUCAGCAAAAUGGAAUUACUGUGAAGCUUGAGACCAAGUACGUUAAACGCUUAACACUAUGUUUGGCACGAG